AUGGCUGACUCUCUGAAGGCUGAAGGCAACAAGGCCUUCUCGGCCAAGGACUAUCCAACUGCAAUUGAGAAGUUCACCCAGGCUAUCGCUAUUGAGCCCGAGAACCACAUCCUCUACUCCAACCGUUCCGCCGUCUACUCCGCCCAGACCGAGUACCAAAAAGCCCUCGAAGAUGCCGAAAAGGCGAUUAGCAUCAAGCCCGACUGGUCCAAGGGCCAGCUCCGCAAGGGUGCUGCCUACCGGGGACUGGGUGACCUCCUGGCCGCCCACGACGCAUACGAAGAGGCAUUGAAGCUCGAGCCGGGCAACGAGCAGGCCAAAUCUGGGCUGAGCGCUGUCCAACGCGCUAUCAAUGCCGAGGCUACGGCUGAUGGUGUUAUGGGUGAUCCUAGCGGUGGCCUGGGUGGCAUGUUCAACGACCCUGCGCUGUUCCAGAAGCUCGCCAGCAACCCCCAGACCGCGAACCUGCUAGCCGACGCCGACUUCAUGGCGAAGCUGAAGAAGAUCCAACAGAACCCCAACAGCGUUGGUGAGGAGAUUCGGGACCCGCGCUUCUUGCAGGUUAUGAGUGUACUCCUGGGUAUCGAUAUGAACUUUGGUGGUGCUCCUGGAGGUGGUCCUGCCGGUGCUCAGGCUGAGCCAGCGUCAGAGGCUAGGCCCGCUCCCGCGCAGCCCAAGAAGCAGCCUACCCCCGAGCCCGAGCCCGAGGAUGAGGAAGCACUUGCCCAGAAGAAGGCCCGGGAGGCUGGUGAUGCUGAGAAGAAGAUUGGUAAUGAUUUCUACAAGAAGAAGGAGUUCGACCAGGCCAUUGAACACUACGAGAAGGCCUGGGAGUUGAACAAGGAUAUUACCUAUCUGAACAACCUGGGUGCCGCUAAGUUCGAGAAGGGCGAUUACCAGGGUGCGGUGGAGACCUGCCAGAAGGCCGUGGAGGAAGGCCGCGAUCUGCGCGCCGACUUCAAGACCGUUGCCAAGGCUUUCGCCCGCAUUGGCUCCGCCUACGAAAAGCUGGGCGACCUCGCCCAGGCCAUCGAAUACUAUAACAAGUCCCUUAUGGAGCAUCGCACCCCGGAAGUCCUGACCAAGCUCCGUACCGCCGAGAAGACCAAGGCUAAGGCCGAAAAGGAAGCCUACAUGGACCCCGCGGCCGCCGAGAAAGCCCGCGAGCUCGGCCAGCAGAAGUUCCAGGAGGCCGACUGGCCCGGUGCCGUCGACGCCUUCACGGAGAUGACCAAGCGCGCGCCCAGUGACCCGCGUGGCUACUCAAACCGCGCUGCCGCGCUGAUCAAGCUGAUGGCAUUCCCGCAGGCCGUGCAGGACUGCGACGAGGCCAUCGCCCGCGACCCCAAGUUCAUCCGCGCGUACAUGCGCAAGGGCCAGGCGCUUGUCGCCAUGAAGGAGUACAACCGUGCGCUGGAUACCUUUACCGCGGCCGCGGAGCAAGACGACGGCACCCACGCCCGCGAGAUCGAGCAGCAGCAGCAGAAGUGUCUGGAUGCGCAGUUCAGUGCUCGCGCCGGCGAGACUGAGCAGCAGACUAUGGAGCGCAUCCAGAAUGAUCCUGAAAUUAUGUCCAUCCUCCAGGACCCCGUCAUGCAGAGCAUCCUCAACCAGGCGAAGGGCGACCCUGCUGCGCUGCAGGAGCACAUGAAGAAUGCCUCGGUGCGCAUCAAGAUCCAGAAGCUGAUGGCCGCCGGUGUGAUCCGCCUGGGCCGGUAA